CACAACCAAACAAAAAUAAAUCUUCCGUGGACAAAUGAUGUAGACCUCCCUGCGAUCGAAGCCCAACGCUUCCGACUCGUCCUAUCUGACGAAGGAGUCGAGCACUAGGUCGCAGCUUUUUUGCAGUCUGACGAGACUCACAGGUCGCAGGCUUUUCGUCAGUGAUGGUUAACUACUGGAGAGAAAUUUCUGUUACUUGUCUUGCAUGCAUGUUCCCUGUGUUGUUGUGAGUAUCUUCGACUGCGGAGCCUCAAGUUUGUCUUCGUUUCUGGCUGUGUUGAAUUUAGCGAGAGUCAGAGAGAGGGGGUGUGUAAUGCGGGAGUGAGAGUUGUCGUGAUUGUCUCGCCAACAGGUCGUUCUCGAGAAUACCCGCUUGCGUUAUUUUCUGAUUUCGUUGCGGGGUUUGGAGGUUUUAUUCUGAUUGUGUGAGCUGGGGGUUGCCAAGAGCCUCCUCCCGCCGACGAGAUGGUAGCUAUGGAGGCUGUGAGACUCGUGCUUCCGAUUCCGGGGAAACUCGCGGGCGCUGAUGCUCGUAAGCAUCGAGCUGCGCAAUGUCGGCUGCAGGGCCACCUCGUCUCGUCGCAUGAGCUGAGAAGCAGAAGAAGAAGGCCGUUGCAGGUGACCCCCCUUGGUCUGGGCUCUUCUAAUGCCCUUUUUGGGAGCCAUUGCAAGUCGUUGCUAUUGUCGCAACGGAUAUUGUACACCAGAAGUUCACAUGGCCGGAGGGGAAUUUCAGCAACGGCCAGGCCCAUGGAUGUCAACGACGGCUCGGUCGCACGCGACGCCAAGAAUUUGAUGGACGCUGGCGCUAGCUGGUUCGACGCUUUCUACCGCUUCACGCGUCCCCACACCAUUUACGGCUCGGCCUUGGGCGUGAUAUCCGUGUCUUUGCUCGCAGUUCAAAGUUCCGCUGAUUUUACCGGCACUUUUUUCGUAGGGCUUCUGCAGGCUUUGGUCCCUGCGCUUCUGAUGAAUGUUUACAUCGUGGGAUUGAACCAAAUUUAUGAUAUUGAAAUUGACAAGGUCAACAAACCGUAUCUUCCUUUGGCUUCCGGUGAAUUCUCGCUUAUUACUGGUAUCACUCUGGUGACCAUCUGCGCAGCUUUGAGUCUCGCAAUUGGAGUUGUUGUGGGAUCCAGGCCUUUGCUCUGGGCUCUGACUGUGAGUUUGGUGCUUGGGACGGCUUACUCAGCAGAUAUUCCGUUUUUGAGAUGGAAGAAAUCUGCCGUUGCUGCGGCAUCCUGCAUUUUGGCUGUGCGAGCGGUCGUCGUGCAACUGGGCUUCUACUUGCACAUGCAUGCUUCUGUGCUUGGACGAUCAGCUUUAUUGACAAAGCCGUUGUAUUUCGCAAUGGCCUUCAUGUGUUUCUUCUCCAUCGUCAUCGCUCUAGCAAAGGAUAUACCGGAUGUUGAAGGAGACAAAGUGUUCGGCAUUCGGUCGUUCAGUGUAAGGAUGGGUCAGACUAAGAUUUUCUGGACGUGCGUUGGCCUACUCCAGUGUGCGUACGCAGCAGCUAUUACAUUUGGGCUCAUAUCUUGUACAACUCUGUGGAGUAGAGCUGUAAUGGGACUUGGCCAUGCUACGUUGGCUGCUGCCCUAUGGUUCCGGUCUCAGAAUGUGGACAUGAAGAGUAGAUCCGCUGUUGCGUCCUGGUACAUGUUCAUCUGGAAGCUGUUCUACGCCGAGUAUCUUCUCAUUCCCUUGAUACGGUGAAGGACGAAGCCAACCUCCAACGUGAGUCUACGAAUUUAAUUUCAGCAGAAGGAUAAAUUUACCAUGUAGGCUGGAGUCAUGAAGGAUAAAUUUACCAUGUAUGCUUCAAUUUUUAGCGAAGGAGCUGUCUACCAGCGCCCUUCCACCGAGACUCUUGUAAACAAUCUCUUGUAAAUCUGGAGUUGCUAUACUACUAAGCCCUAGUAACUUGUUUAUAGUUUCUUUAUUCUUUAGGCUCUUUGGAGAUCAAGACAUGGUGCUACAUAAUUCCCUUCUAAAUCUGUGUAGGGAAGUGUAGUGCCGUGAGGUGCAAGAGUGCGGGUAUUGCGAUGUAUACGUGAGUGUUGGAUUCUUCCAGAUUUUUGAG